AUGCCUGGGCCCGUGCGCUUAGAUCUACAGGUUGUAGAUUCUGCUCAUCUUCCGGUCCACACUCCAACAAUAAAGAGAAAGGAAUAUCACAGUAGCAUCCGCCUUCCAACUAAGAGUAAAAGCCACCGGUUUUUCCUCACGUCCUUCACAGCCCCCACCAAGUGUCACCAGUGCACAUCUCUGAUGGUGGGUUUGAUAAGACAAGGCUGUGCCUGCGACGCAUGUGGGUUCUCAUGUCACACAACCUGUGUAGAAAAGGCUCCCAGACCUUGUCCAGUGCCUUCUCAGCAGAAGAAAGGUGCCCUCUGUCUAGACGCACAGGCAGGCAUGGGAACAGCCUAUGAAGGCCGUGUCUGGAUCCCAAAGAAGGCAGGGGCAAGGAAGGGAUGGCAGAGAGCCCUGGCUGUUGUCUGUGACUUCAAGCUCUUCCUGUACAACAUGGAUGAAGAAAAAGACUCCAAACCCAACGUUGUUGUGAGUCAAGUGAUUGACAUGAGGGAUGGAGCAUUUUCUGUCAGCUCUGUCUGGCUCUCCAAUUUUAUUCUUGUGAGGAGAAAGGAAAUGCCCUGUGUGUUUACAGUCAUGGCUUCGCAGCUCUCGGCGCCUCGUAACCGGUACUCGGUACCCAUCCUAGCAGACAGCGAGAACGACAAGUGGGAGUGGGUGCGAGCGCUGAGGGACCUGCACAAGACGCUGAGAAAAAGCCCCUCCAGAGACCGCUCAGUCUAUGUGCUGGAAGAGGCUUAUGACAGCAGCCUGCCCUUGAUCAGAACCAGCCGGACAGCUGCGAUCAUAGAUCACAAAAGAAUCGCUCUGGGAAAUGAAGAAGGGUUCUUUGUCGUGCACAUUACCAUAGGUGAAAUUAUUCGGGUUAGUGACAUGAAGAAGAUUCAUCAGAUUGAGCUCAUUCCUCAUGGCCAGAUGGUUGCGGUGAUCUCCGGGAGAAGUCACCACGUGUGGCUGUUUCCCAUGUCAGCUUUGGAUGGACGGAAGACUGACACUCACAAGCUAGCAGAAACAAAAGGGUGUCAGACAAUGACUUCCGGAACAGUGUGCCAAGGGGCCCACACAUGCCUCUGUGUAGCAAGGAAAAGCCAAGUCUUUUGUUAUGAGCUGUUUCAGAGCAAGAAAAUUUCUCACAGAAAAUUUAAAGAGCUCCAGAUCCCAACCAAUGUCCAGUGGCUGGCCAUCUUCAAUGAGCAGCUUUGUGUAGGAUUCCAGUCGGGGUUCCUGAGAUGCCCCUUGAGGAAAGAAGGAGUCCCAUACAGGAUGCUCCACUCACAGGACCCGACACUAUCGUUUAUCGCACAUGAGCCCGUGGACGCUCUUUGUGCCGUCGAGAUCUCCAGUAUUGAGUAUCUGCUAUGUUUUAAGAGCAUUGGCAUUUACACUGACAGCAGGGGCCUCCGAUCUAGGCCAGUUGAGCUUAUGUGGCCAGCAGCUCCAACUUACUGCCGUUACAAUGCCCCAUAUCUCUCCGUGUAUAGUGAAAAUGCAGUGGACAUCUUUAAUGUGAACUCCAUGGAAUGGAUCCAGACUGUCCCUCUCAAGAAGGUUCGACCCCUAAAUAGUGAAGGAUCCUUAAAUAUUUUACUUUCAGAGACAAAAAGAUUAAUAUAUUUCAAAAAGAAAAUGACAUAUGGAGAAGAGACGGUAUUUCCUGAAACAUCAGAUAAUCAUCAGAAACAAAUGGUCCGGCACCUCCACAGCAAGCGGCAAUAUUCCUUCAGAGUUCCCAGAAGGAAGGGGCGUCUGCCCAUGGGGCUCUGA